AUGUCGAGCUCGGACAUGUCGCACGCUACCGGCCCCUCCAAGGUGCCCGGAAAAGUCCAGGAGAAGGCACCCAAGGGGCUAGAAGAGACCUUGCCCGACAGCGUUCAUCCCACGGGAAAAAACCCAGGCGAAUCUACCAACAAGACUCACGCAAUGGGCGGAGGAGAGGAAUCAAUACUCCCCAAGAAGUUACAGGAGAAGGUGCCGGAGAGCAUUGAACGGGCUGUGCCUAAUGCCCUUCAUAACACUGGAGAUAAAUAA